GAGCUGUGAGUAGUAGGGUGGGGGGGGGGUUUGGACUACUGCGGCUUGUGUUGGCUCGCUCCCAUGGAGGCGGCGGAGGGGGCGCCGGAAGCGACGGGUGCCGGAGCCGGAGCCGGCGGCGGCCUCUCCACCGGCCGGAAGCUGGUGCCGUGGCCGAGCUGGGCGGAGUGGCGGUUCGUGCGCGACGGCCUCUUCUCCGCCUCCCCCGUCGCCGCUCUUCGCAGGAUCGCGGCGUGGCGGAGCAGGGGCUCCCUCCCGGUCCCCGUCGAUGUGACCGCCGCCUUCGUCGAGAUACGGCUGCGGGAUCCCUUCUUCCGGAGUGUGAUGGUGGCUGCGGAUGAUACGCUGGAGUCGGAAGAGAUGCUGGCGAUGCUGUAUAGUAUGGCAAUCAUGAGGCUCGUAAAUGGUUUUGUGGAGAACCCACAAAAGAAAACUGGUUAUUCAAUAUCUGAAUUAGCUGAGGCUGUUGGAAUACCACGAGUUCUUGUCGACAUUCGUCAUGAGAGUUCCCAUCGCAGUCUUCCCUCUCUGCGGCUGCUACGGUUGGCAGCCAUUAAGGCAUUUGAUUGGUUGAAGUGUAUUUACUGGGAUUCCCAAUCUAAUGCUAUUCCUGAUGUUCAAGUAGAGCUAAGCUCAAAAUUGCACGAUAUCAAUCACUUUCUGAGUGGAAAAGAUUCAGUGAAAGCGAAGUCAGGCUCCAAAAGGAAACGUUCGGAGAAAAUGAUUUCCAGAAACACAAAAUAUGUUCGCCGCCUUUACUACGCAUGUCCUUCUGAGGUUGCCUCUAUUAUAUUGGACUUUUUUCAACUUGAUGCCCCUGAGUCCUCUGAAAAUAGCGAUGUGCAACAAACUGAUAGUUUGGAUGUAGAUCAGUCAUCUGGUAUUCACAACCAAAUAUCAAAUAAUGAUAUGAAAACUAUUGUAACAAAAUUAUCAGAAAAGGAACCAAGAUUGCUGCUUGGCAUACUGAAGUCGGUAAUUGAAACAAUUGAGACUUGUGAAAGCCUUGAAUACAAAGGUGAAUCCAAUGCUUGCCUGCCAGCUAAAAUGGAAAAUCUAUGUUCCCUUCUUUUGUGGCUUGUCACAAAGGUAAAAGAAUUAAAGGAUUCAGGCUGCAUUGGACUUGUCCAUGAAAUAGGAGUGCUCUCUUCAGACAGGAAUGCAGUCCCACGUUUCUGCCUAGCGAAACUUCUGCAGAAGUUGUUGGUUUUAUCUAUUAUAGGUGACAGACGUAUCAUAGAUGCAGCGCUACUGCUGAUUGACAUGACCACCAACAAUGUGAAGGAGAAACUGUUGAAGCUUCCUGCUUUAUCCCUGGGAAGGUUGGCUAGAGAUUCUACCCUCCCUGAGUCCAGAAAAGAAAUAGAAUCAGUUGACAAGGCAACAGAGAAGCUGGAAAUGUUCAAAUCGCAAUUGAAACAGAAGGACAUAUGUUCGGUAGAAAAUGGCACCGGGGGAUCAUUGCACACUAUCAUUCCAGAGAAACGUAAUAGAUGGUCUACAGCAAAGUCCUGGACCCCCUGUCCAAUUGGAAUGAUACCUUGUUCAUUUAGUUCAGUGCCUGUUCUUCCUAAUCUUGACGUCGCCGUUCAUGAAGAUGACACAUUAGAGGAACAUGUAAAUUUUGAGCCUGAUGACCAUCCUGAAAUAAUUGAGCAUUAUUCUCACGCUGAGAAGCAAUUGGACGCUGAAAUCAUUACAGAAAUAUCAAAAACAUCACCUGAAUGUGAGAUUUCAGAGAUGCCAGAAUUGGCCUUUCCUUUGAAGGGUAGGUUACUGGUUGGUGGUGUGUGGAAGGUGGUGAGCAAGGAGGAGCUGCUCUCUAUCAAGUCAAAGAUGAAAAUUUUGUUGUAGCAACAUCUACUUCAGUUUUGUCAUCUUAAACCAAAAAUUUUAGGCUGUAAAACAAACAAGGAUACUACCAUUGUACUAGUUAAGAGAAAAAAUGUCAUUUUUCACUGGUUUUGCUUAGCGUCCGUUGAGAUAAAUAGCAGCUUAGUAGCUUAGUUCUAUCAUCAGAGAACAAUACAUAGGCAAACAGCAUGAGCUUUUGGCAAAAGUAAGGAGAUGGAAGAAUAGCAUUGGCUAGCCAUUUGCUGCUCUAUCCGAUAGACAUGUUCAGUUAUAAACUUCUACAGUCAUGUAGCGUGUGUCAUGCCUGAAGCCAGGCUCCUUGAAGCAGGUGUUUGGUUAACUGCGCGCGAGCAUAGUUGCAGUUGCAGCUAUUUUGCUAGUACUAAAUUUCUCAAACGAUGUAUGCCAAAAUGUCCUCCAGUUAGAUUCUGGUUUCAAGAGCUGCUCUUUAUCACUUGAG